CGUGCCAUCGUCCGGGUAUUUCAAAGACGAUUUCUUCAACAAGAUGGCAAGUCUGGUAGAAAAACACCCACAUUACCUUAAACGAAGAGUGUUCCAGUCACCAUAUCUAGUCUACUUCAGUGGUUACAUGUGGACCAUUUUGCUAGAGUGCAGGGCAGACACGGUGGAACACAGAACAGAGUUGGCCAAGGUGACAAACCACACAGGUCCACUAUACGACACAUUAGUGGGCUCCGGGAUACUGGUGAUCGACAACGACGCCUCCACCGAAGAAGCCAACCGCAUGCUUAGAGAUUACACAGCAUCUCUCCGAGUAGAAUACUUUUGGGUGGAACGCAUAAGCAUACAGGGCUGUAUUGGAGUGAUCGACUCAAAGCAGUACCAUUGGGGCUGGCUAAAAAAAUCGAGUGUUAAUAUAUUCUGCAAAGCCGAAAACUCCGGUAUCAAUAAAGCCAGUCUACCAGGCUGCAGGGUGUGUCAAACGCAUGGAAACAUACUCGGGAAUAUGCACAUCUCUGUCAUAGCGCAUGAAUUGGCGCACAACUCCAUUACCAAUCUUGGCAGUGUAUCUUCCACCGAGGCCCUUAGAGCACGAAAACUCAUCUUGAUGCACAGGGUGCUAAAGGACUGCCCAGACAUCAUGUGGAAAGAAAACCGGGAAGUAGACAAAGGCGCUACCAUAGAUCACUUCGAGGCUCAAGGUUGGUUAAACGCUGACACGGAUAACUUUGGAGUCGUUAUAAAGAGGUACUUUGAUGGAAAAUGGGUUCCAGAAGCAGCAAACUAUAAGUAUGAUAUUAUAACAAAUGUAAACCCUGGCGUCGUAAUCGUUAAUAGCCCAAAUGAGUACUUCGCCUCCAUCGCGCAGUGCUGGGCCCAAGAUUCCAAAAUGCUUCUCGAUAUUGCAGUUGAACGAUUCUUGGACGGGUACAAGGAAAGCAUCAACCAGAUUCUCCUGCUGGCUGAAUACUACUCAGUAGGGGGCGACACCACACGUUUCUGGAUGCACAACAAAAAAGGCGACGUCUACUCUUUUGACGUAGACCUCGAACGGGAUGUCAAAGGCAAUAUUAUUUCGAUGUCAGUCCCGAAGGCAACGGAACGGGAUCCAUUGGACAAGGGUGGUGCAUAUCUUGUCCAUCUUGAUUCUCCGCAUGUGUAUGAGUUUUCAGUAGAUGACGACGGCUUUGUCGUCAAAAUUAUAAAUUUCCCUUCUUACAUUGCUGCUGCAAAUUAAUUAGGCCUAAUGUCAUCUCAACACGAGGGUAUGGUGAGUGUGUUUAUGUGUACCGAGGCUCGCUUUGCCGUAAGAAAUCAACAUACAUG